ACAGGUUAGACACUAACACAUCAUACACAAUGUGGACCUUCAUCGUGGUUUUCGUCCUUCUGACUGCUGGACACAGUGCGCAGAACUAUGAAAACAGUUUGAGAGGCAUUUUGCGUCAUGCUUGUCCAGAUAAACAGGUUGUGUCUCAGAUUAAUAGCUCCUACAGUUCCAUUGACCAAGAUCGCCAAUGGAAGAUUGAGUGCAAAGAUUUCGGCGCUACCUCAGGCUGCUCCUGGUCCGGUUCCCAGGACCUAUAUGACAAAGAACUCAGCUACAAUUGCCCGACAAAUCAGGUGGUAGCUGGCGUCUACAGCAAUUACAACAGCGCACAUGGAGACAGAAGUUGGAAAUUACUCUGCUGCUCUGCUCCACACUUUAUCACAUUUGAAUGUCGGGAAACCCCAAUGGUCAACUACUUUAAUGAAGACUUCAACUGGGAACUCCCUGCAGGCCACUUCCUAACAGGGGUCCAGACACACCAAAAGAAUAUCAAUGGAGAUCAUCGCUGGAGUUUCAAUUACUGCAAAGGAACAACAAAAGAUACCCAGACAAUCAAUUCACAAAUCCUUACUGCUAACCAACGUAUAACAGACCUUUUUACUGAAGGAGAUGUUUUUGUCGCAAACGCAAGGAAUGCAAGAAAAUGCGAUAACUGCAGAUGGCCAAAGUUAAGUGAGACUGUUCAGGUGCCAUAUGCCAUAAGUGAUUCUUUUUCCACCUCCGAAAAGAUGACGAUUGAAAAUGCAAUAAAUGCCUUUCACAUGAGCACCUGCGUCCGGUUUGUAGCUCGUCAAGCCCAGACCGACUACAUCAUGAUUGUGAAAAAAAGCGGAUGUUGGUCCUGGGUUGGUCGAACUGGAAGCUCUCAAGAAUUAUCUCUGGGUUGGGGAUGCAUUGACAAUGGCAUCAUUCAGCACGAGCUCAUUCACGCACUUGGCUUCUGGCAUGAGCAAAGUAGAAGUGACAGGGAUGUUCACAUCCUGAUCAACUAUGGAAACAUCCAGCAAGAACACCUUAGAAACUUCAACAAAUUUGACACAAACAACCUCGAUGUUCCAUAUGACUACUCCUCUAUAAUGCAUUAUGCACCAAAGGACUUCUCAAAGAAUGGAGGAGAUACCAUCAUUCCCAUCGACUCCUCAGCGCAAAUAGUCCAGAGGGAUGACAUGUCAGAAAAUGACAUUUUGAAGAUCAACAAGCUUUACAGCUGCAAGGAUUACCUCCAUGAAUACGGCGAAUGGGACAGUGAGUUGAACAACGCAUUUAGUCGCACUUGUCCUUCUGGACAAGCUGUUUCUGGCAUCACAAGUCUCUUCAAUCAUGACGUAAAAGAUCGACUUUGGUCGUUUUCGUGCAAGGCUUUCAAAGUAACCAGAACAUGCAAGUGGUCAGCUCCUGUGAACGAAUAUUGGGGAGGAAUGGACUUCAAAUGUGGAGACAAUGAAGUGAUUGCAGGGGCCUACAGUGAUCGCAGCAGCCUCUUCCAGGACAGGAGGUGGAAGUUUUACUGCUGUAGUGAUUCUGGUUUUACCACGUCCAACUGCCUAAAAACAACAGAGAUCAACUACUUUGAGGAAUACUUCAGCUGGACAGCCCCCAGCAACUAUUACCUGACAGGAGUGAAAAGCUCCUUUGAUUAUGUAAAACUGGACCGUCGAUGGACUUUGACAUACUGCGAGGGGAGCACUCAGUGAAGAUACCAUGAAUGACAAGAUCCCUGACAAGAUAUUUUGCUGUGCUGCAAUAAUUUACCAAAUUGAUUGCUGUUGCAUUUAGCCUCUCUGAAGGCAUCUCUGAUUGAGCCCUUGUAAUGGUAUAUGUGUGUGCUGCUGCUGGUAGCACCAACUAAGACUCGUGACCAGAAAGGUCAUUGAAAGAUUCUUAGUUUAGCAUGAUGCAUCUGUUUUGUGCACCAGAUGCAUUAAAAUGUUUUAAUUGGACAAUAUGUGGCGAAAAAAAAUCAGUUUAAACAUUGCUAUCAAUGUCCAUCUGUCUUGGAGUCGUACAUUUAACAGACCCUUUGUACUUUAUUAUAGUAGCAACUUUGUAACCAUCACUUGUGUGGAAGUACUGGUCCACAUUCAUAAAAGAUCAGAAGUGCUGAUGUAAGAUUAUUAAGAAAGUGCCCCUGGCCUUCUCCUAAUAUAAUGACCUGAACAGAGAAACUGGUCUCAGAGAUGCACUCCUGAUGCACUUGUGAAAGAAAACAAAACCCUCAAUAUGGUUACAGUUUGUUGAUGCAAAGCUCAAUGAUUUCUUAGUUGUCCCCUGUUCUCACACAGUAUCUAAGGUUGGUGGGCUGUGUAUGUUUAACAUAGCUGGCAGUGUAAAUAUGUCGAUAGUUCUGUUUUAUGUCUCCUUGUAAUGUCAGUCCCCUGGUGUUUUAUUAGGUUUGUAACAUUAAUAUUUGACUAAUGUUGUUUUGUAAUUAAUUGCUGAUCUAGAUUAGAUCAAUAGAUCAUUCUCUGUCAGGUGAAACAUGCUUUUGUGAUGAAAGAUGUUAUAUGUCAACUAGACAUGACUUGAAUACUUUGAUGUUUCCAAAGUAUUUAUGUAAAUAUGUGUAAAUGUACAAAUGUACAAAAAAAAAAUAUUUGUGAAUUUAAAUAGUGAUUAUUACUGUAUUGCAAUGUAUGUACAUGGAUAUCAGGACUUUGACAAAAGACUUGCUGAAGUGUGUUUCACUGUACU